GGCAACCUUCUGUGUGUGUUGCGGGCCGGCCAUGGCUGGCCUGGUCCUGCUUCGCCCACUGUCUUGCGCGUCCCCCUAGCCUCGCCGCAGGGCAGCGUCAGCCCGAAGUGUGCUGAGCCGAGGGACAGCAUCUGUUCCCCGUUCCUUCCUCCUGGGGCAGGCGGCUCCCGGCCUUGGAGGCCCGCCUGCGUUUGAGCCCCCCACCCCCACCCCCGCCCCGGGCAUGGCUGGCUGAGGAGCUGGGGGAGACUUAGGGCCCGGAUGAGGGCAAAUGGGUCCGCUAGAGGACGGAGUACCCUGGAGCGAGACUCUCUCAAGUCCAGAGGGUGCCGGAGAUGGAACGGGACCUCCACAUCGAUCAGAGCGGCCACCCUGGGCCCACUACAGGCCCUGAAGCAUCUUUAAGGGACAGAUAAAGUGAGGCUGCUGGAAUGAUCCCUAUGCCCAUUUACUUCUGCAUCUCAAUUACCGAGAGCUCUCGAGGCAGUAGGAUCCAGCAUCCACAUUCCACAUGAGUAACCUGGAGCCCUUAGGACAGAUCUCAAAGAGAGCAGUAGUCAACAUGUCAGGGUGGGAGUCUUAUUACAAAAACGAGGACGAUGAAGAAGAAGAACAAGAGGAGAGCCUUGAAGGAGGUGGAGAAUAUAAAUAUUCAGGAAGAGAUAGUUUGAUUUUUUUGGUUGAUGCUUCUAGUGCCAUGUUUAAAUCUGAGGAUGAAGAGGAAUUGACUCCUUUUGACAUGAGUAUCCAGUGUAUCAAGAGUGUGUACACCAAUAAGAUCAUAAGCAGUGAUCACGAUCUCUUGGCAGUAGUGUUCUAUGGUACCAAGAAGGAUAAGAACUCAGUGAAUUUCAAAAAUAUUUACGUCUUACAGGAGUUGGAUAAUCCAGGUGCUAAACGGGUGCGAGAACUUGACCAGUUUAAGGGGCAGCAGGGGCAAAAACAUUUCCAAGACCUGAUUGGCUGUGGCUGUGACUACUCGCUCAGUGAAGUGCUGUGGGUCUGUGCCAACCUUUUUAGUGACGUCCAGUUCAAGAUGAGCCAUAAGAGGAUCAUGCUGUUCACCAAUGAGGAUGACCCCCAUGGCGAUGACAGUGCCAAAGCCAGCCGGGCCAGGACCAAAGCUGGGGAUCUCCGUGACACAGGUAUCUUCCUUGACUUGAUGCACCUGAAGAAACGUGGGGGCUUCGACAUAUCCUUAUUCUACAGAGACAUCAUCAGCAUGGCAGAGGAUGAGGACCUGGGCAUUCACUUUGAGGAAUCGAGCAAGCUCGGAGACCUGUUGAAGAAGGUUCUCGCAAAGGAGACCAAGAAGCGCGUGCUCAGCCGGUUGAAGCUUAAGCUCAACAAAGAUAUAGCGCUCACUGUCGGCAUUUAUAACAUGGUCCAGAAGGCUCUCAGACCUCCUCCAAUCAGGCUUUAUCGGGAAACAAACGAACCAGUGAAAACCAAGACCCGGACAUUUAGUGUAAACACAGGCAGCUUGCUUCUGCCUAGCGACACCAAGAGGUCUCAGAUAUAUGGGAAUCGCCAGAUUGUACUCGAGAAAGAGGAAACGGAACAGCUAAAACGGUUUGAUGACCCAGGUUUGAUUCUCAUUGGCUUCAAACCCUUGAUCAUGUUGAAGAAGCACCAUUUCGUGAGGCCCUCCCUGUUCGUGUACCCCGAAGAGUCCCUGGUUAACGGAAGCUCCACCCUGUUCAAUGCUCUACUCACCAAGUGUCUGGAGAAGGAGGUCGUGGCAGUGUGCAGAUACACCCCCCGCCAGAACAUUCCCCCUCAUUUUGUGGCCUUGAUGCCACAGGAAGAGGAGCUGGAUGACCAGAAAUUUCAGGUGUCUCCCCCAGGCUUCCAGCUUGUCUUCUUACCCUAUGCUGAUGAUAAACGGAAAGUGCCCGUCACUGAAAAAGUCAUGGCAAACCCGGAGCAGAUAGAUAAGAUGAAGGCUAUUGUUCAGAAGCUUCGCUUCAAAUACAAAAGUGACAGCUUUGAGAACCCCGUGCUGCAGCAGCACUUCAGGAACCUGGAGGCCUUGGCUUUGGACUUGAUGGAACCCGAAGCAGCCGUAGAUCUGACAUUACCCAAGGUUGAAGCAAUAGAUAAAAGACUGGGCUGUCUCGUGGAUGAAUUUAAGGAACUUGUCUACCCACCAGAUUAUAAUCCCGAGGGAAAAGUUCCCAAACGAAAACAAGAUGAUGAAGGUUCUAGAAGCAAAAGGCCCAAGGUGGAGUUAUCCGAAGAAGAACUGAAGGCCCAUGUCAGCAAGGGCACACUGGGUAAGCUCACUGUGCCCAUGCUGAAGGAAGCCUGCAGGGUGUACGGGCUGAAGGGCGGGCUGAAGAAGCAGGAGCUGCUGGACACGCUGACCAGGCACUUCCAGGACUGACCAGAGACCGUACAGCCAGCCAGCCUUCCACACUAGCCAGGCGGCCUGGUUUUGCUCAAGUUAAAAAACAUUUCUCUUGGGCGGCCGGUUAGCUCAGUUGGUGCUAAUACCACCAAGGUUGCCAGUGCGAUUCCCACAUGGGCCACUGUGAGCUGUACCGUCUUUAAAAAAAAAACUACAAAAACCAAAAAAAUAAACAUUUCUCCUGAACCAGAAAGAGUCUGCCUGACUGCUGUAAAGACCUACCAAGGUCUUUACAUUUAUGAGAUUUUCUGUUGCCAUGGAGACAGCGUAACUCUCCAGUUGCUGUGCCUUACUCUACUCUCUGAAUAAAGAGCCCUAAUUUUGUACUAUU